UAGCAGACUAUACAAUGACGUAGAUACUGAGGUAAUCAUACGAAUAGGAACAUAUCUGGUGUGUGAUUGGUAUUGUAUGAUUUCAAUAGACUGUAAGGGAGAGAAGAGAGAGUGAUGCGAAGCUGAGCCUGAAGACAGCAGUUGAUGUGUCCGACCACUCCCUGCUGGAGUGGUCAAGAUACUGAUACAACGGACUGAUAAACUGAGCUCGAAAGACCUGAGGGAAGUCAUGAUGGCCCAACCUAAGCUGGGUCUCCAGACAAGACAGAUGAAGGAGGCAUUCUUUGAGACCAGGGUUCGACAGGACAUCCAGGUGGAGAGAGCCAAUCAUUUCAGAUGGUUAGAAAAGGAGAGGUGAGGAAGGAGAGGGACUUUGCUAGAGGCCAACCUAAGCUCUCUACCAGACGGGUCCUGCGUAACACAGGCCAGGCACCGGUGGGCACGCCGUUCUUUCGCAUGUACUCCAGCAGUCAUCUGGAGAUCACGCAGAGAGCUCUGAGGCUCUUCCAGCAGGCAGCCCGCAAGGUACAGUACUUAGCCCUCUCUCUUUCACUCCAUUGGCCUUAGAUUAGGCCCUAUAGGCAUCGAGUGCCUCAUCCCAGCCCACUCAACACAACGGUUUCACUCACAAACCACAAGCCAAAACCCUGUGAGGCGGUGUGUAUGCUCUCAAUGAUAACGAUCUUAAGACAUGUCAUAAGAUGGUGUAGUAGUCCCUGUCGUAUGUCUGGGAUGGGAAUUCCUAAGGUAAGCUAUAUUUAAUGAUGUAGCCUACAUUCAACCAAAUGAGAAACUGUAAAACCAGUAUGUUAUACAAUAUCUCAUAGGCAGUUGGAAAGCUGACAAUGUCCAAGUCCUGGUUCUCUUUAAUAUCAAAUUUAUCCCAAUGCAUACUUGAAAACAUUUUGGGGUUUUGUAUUUAUAUCAUUCUCUAUUUGAGUAAGAAACAUGUACCGUAACAGAUGUCAUACAGCAGGAAGAGGGUUUACUCACAAACAUGCAUAACCUUUCGAAACAACACGACCUCUUUCAAGUGAGUGCCCCAUGUGUUUCAGGUGGUGAUUCAAUGUCAACAGACUGGUCUCGUUGAGGCAGCUGACUCAAAGCUUGAAGCGCCUGUCCCCAGGAGUAAGACUGUUGAGACCCCACAGGGCAAACGUGUUCUCUAUUUGACACAGGCAUAUGAUCAAAAUACAUACUUGAACGAUGCAGCACACGCAUUUGUUGUGCCAAAAUAAAAAAUAAAAAAUGUACAUUGUAGCACUAACAACGAGCUAUGUUUGCCUUUCAGUCACUCAUGUAAACGUACCCGCUGAUGAUGACAGGGAUUUUGCUUAGAAAUUGUACAGUCACGUGCUCACUUGUGUCCCAUUACAUGUGUUGUUUCUCAAGGUUCCCCAGCACUACAAGUUAAUGGGGUACCAGCCUGUUUCGGCCUUUGAGGCUGCCGCUAGCUACACCCCCCAUCCCAGCCCAGGACGCUAUGCACUGGGGCACAGGAUGAACUGUUUCCCAGGGUGAUCCGUUCUCCCUCGGGGUGUGCAGUGGCGGAGCCAGAGGGUUGAGGAGGAUGAGUGUCCCAGUCUGAGCUUCAUGGCCCCCACCGCCCUGCUGAAGCCUCCCUACGCACACCCCCUCGGAAUCUUUAACCCAGCCCCCCGGUCUCCAUGCCUUCAAAGCAGACCCCCUCUACCUAGAGUGUGAUCUGGAGUUCCACCUGUGUCCACUGCCCCGGUACACCAUCCCAAAGCCCUCUGUGUUUGGAAUGCACAUCCCCAGCACUCAGAAGACAUUUUUAGACCGAACAGAUGUGAUCCGAGGCGUGAUGACCUGGAAGAAGUUCCCAUCGGCUGCCCUGGCCUCUCUGUCCAACAGUCCCACACUCACCAGUAGCUGGGCCCCGCGCAUGUCUGACCCCUUCAACAGUGACAUUCUGCCCACCAUGGCGCCCACAGCUCUGAAUGGCCUUCCAGAAGAUAUGACAGAGGAGCUACUGGAUGGACCGUCUGAAAGCAUGGGAGUAACUCUCACGCCCGAGAUGAUCCGAGCCGAGUUUCCCCUGCCAGAGAAUGUACCUUCCACUCCCAGACAGCUGAAAGACGACAGCUCUAAAGAUGACAGGAGUUCCCUGAGUCCCUGUAAAACUCCCCAGAGGAUGCCUGUCAGUACAGUAAACACCUCCAGGGAAUCAAGAGAGCAGCAGCUGGAGAUGUUUCUGAAGUCUCAGACCAAUAGACUUGGUGCCAAGGUGACGGCGCGACUCAACCACCUGAAUAUUGUGGGCAAGGCUAAUUCACCCUCUACACCAGAGAAUAAAUAGUGCUAUAUUUGUUACGAGGCACUAAGGUUGAUGCAGGAAAUAUCAGAUUACAGUACCAACAUACAUUGACUGAUAUAUUUCCUAUAAUAUAUUUUACUGUAAAAUACAUCAUUAUGAUGAUGAGACAGCUUACAGGGAGGAGGUCAGAGACCUGGCAGUGUGGUGCAAGGACAACCUCUCCCUCAACGUCAGCAAGACAAAGGAGCUGAGCAUGGACUACAGUAAACGGAGGGCUGAGCACCGGAGUAUUUGCAUUGCCCCCCUUGUUUUUGCACUGACAUUCUUGCUCAGGUUCUAUGAACACUCAAUGUACUGUACCCACACACUCACACAUACCACACCGACACUCCAACACACAAACACACACACAUACACACACAAACACUCACAUACUACAUAUGUACACACACACACACAACACACAUGCACACAUGCAUAUUUUAGGAACAUUUAGUGGUCCUAAAACGGAACCUUGAGGAACACCGAAACUUACCAUUAAUUUGUCAGAGGAAAACCCAUCCACAGAGACAAGCUGAUAUCUUUCCGACAGAUGAGAUCAAACCAGGCAAGAACUUUUCUGUGUAGACCAUUUAGGGUUCCCAAUCUCUCCAAAAGAAUGUAGUGAUCGAUAGACAAACUGAUAUCUUUCCGACAGAUAAGAUCUAAACCAGGCAAGAACCUGUCUGCAUACACCAAUAGGGUUUCCAAUCUCUCCAAAAGAAUAUAGUGAUCGAUGGUGUAAAAAGCGGUACUAAGGUCUAGGAGCACGAGGACAGAUGCAGAACCAUGGGCUGACACCAUUAAAAGGUUUCAUUAAAAGGUACCACCUUCACAAGCAUUUAAAAACAUUUUAUUGAGAGGAAUGGGAGAUUUGAUCUUGGCCAAUAGUUUGUUUUUUACAUUUGCCGGGUGAAGGUUUGGCUUUUUCAGGAGAGGCUUUAUUACCGCCACUUUUAGUGAGUUUGGAAGACAUCCAGAGGAUAGUCAAUCGUUUAUUAUGUUCAACAUAAGAGGGCCAAACACAGGAAGUAGCUCUUUUAGUUGUUUAGUUGGAAUAAGGUCCGGUAGGCAGAUGGAAGGUUUAGAGGCCAUGAUGACCAUUUUCGUGAAUGUGUCAAGAGAUUCAGGAUAAACAAACACUAGUGUCUCCAUUGACCCUAGAUCCUGGCAGUUCUGUGCAGACUCAGGAAAAGUGAGUUUUGGAAAAAUACGCAGAUUCAAGAGGAGACCGUAAUUUGCUUUCUAAUGAACAUCUUUUUGGCGAAGAAGUUCAUGUAUUUGUUCAUCCUCACUUGGGGAAUGCUGCUUUUCGACAGCAUAAAAAAAUAAAUGUUGGAUUAUUUUUAUUCUCCUCAAUCAGGUUGGAAAAGUCGUAGUAAGUCCUUUAUUUAUUUUGUACCCCGAUGUCCUUGGGUAGGUGGAGGAAGUCUGGAAGGGCAUCUAAGAAUCUUUGGGUUGUCUGAGAAUUUGCAGUGCAGCUUUUGAUGAUCCUUGAUUGGAGUCUGAGCAGAUUAUUUGUUGCAAUUUCAAACAUACUAAAAUGGUUGUCCGAUUACAAGGAAAAACAUUUAGAUCCACAAUAUUUAUUCCACAGGACAAAACUAGAUCCAGGGUAUGACUGUGGCAAUGAGUAGGUCUGGAGACAUGUUGGACCAAACCCACUGAGUUGAAGAUGGCUCUGACAGCCUUCUGGACUGGCUCUGUGGACUUUUCCACGUGAAUAUAAAGUCACCAAAAAUGUGAAUAGUAUCUGCCAUGACUACGAGGUCCGAUAAGAAUUCAGGGAACUCGGUGAGGAAUGCCGUAUACAGCCCAGGAGGCCUGUAAACAGUAGCUUUAUAAAGGUAUUGAGUAGGCUGCAGAGAUUUCAUGACUAGAAGCUCAAUAAUGAAAACACAGUCGUUUUUUUUUCCUUUGUAAAUUGAAAUUUGCUUUUGUAAAUGUUAGCAACACCUCCACCUUUGUGGGAUGCACGGGGGAUAUGGUCACUAGUGUAACCUGGAGGAGAGGCCUCUUUUAACACAGUAAAUUCGUCAGGCUUGAGCCAUGUUUCAAUCAGGGCAAUCACAUUAAGGUUAUGAAUUAUGAUCAGUGAUUAGUUAAUUGAAUAAUGACUGCUUGGAAGUGAGGGAUCUAACAUGAAGUAGUCCUGUUUUGAGAUGUGAGAUAUUAUCACAAUCUCUUUCAAUAAUGACAGGAAUGGAGGAGGUCUUUAUUCCAGUGAGACUGCCAAAGCGAACACCGCCAUGUUUCGUUUUUCCCGACCUAGAUCGAGUCACAGACAUGGUCUCAAUCGGGAUAGCUGAGCUGACUACACUGACUGUGCUAGCGGCAGACUCCACUAUGCUGGCAGGCUGGCUAACUGGCUACCUGGCCUGCACCCUAUUUCAUUGUGGAGUUAGAGCCCUGUCUAUGUUCGUAGAUAAGAUGAGAGCACCCCUCCAGCUAGGAUGGAGUCCGUCACUCCUCAGCAGGCCAGGCUUGGCCCUGUUUGUGGGUGAGUCCCAGAAAGAGGGCCAGUUAUCUACAAAUUCUAUCUUUUGGGAGGACAGAAAACAGUUUUCAACCAGCGAUUGAGAUGUAUGAGUCUGCUGUAGAGCUCAUCACUCCCCCUUAACUGGGAGGGGGCCAGAGACAAUUAUCGUCGCCAGCACAUCUUUCUAGUUACACGCGGAAGUUAUGUUGAGCUUCGUGACCUCUGACUGUUUCGUCCUAACAUCGCUGGAACCGACAUGGAUAACAAUAUCCCUAUACCCAUCGACGAUCACCAGUUUAAGCCUCAGCCAGCUCCAUUUGUAGGACAAACACUUCAAAAACGUAUUCCUUGUGUUUUUUCUGACUGUCUUUUUUUGCCAUUAAUGCCAUUAGUGUUAUUCAAUGUGUUUCUAUGGGCUAUACUAGUAAAGGCCAAAUAGCUAAAUGAGCCACGGUGUGACCAUCUUAAACCCCCCCACCC